AUGCAACGUUUGUGUUGCUGUCAAACAAAUAACGAAACGAUUUGCUCAUUUGUUGAUAUUUGCAUUUUGCAACGGUCUUCGCGGCAGCAGAAGAAGUCAAUGGAUGCCUCUCCGCCCCAUAAGAACGCAGAUCUCAAGUGCGCUAAAGAUUUCGCAAUGGACUCUGCGAUUUCUACGACCUCUCGGGGCUUGAACUCCACACGAGGAAACCACAUCGAGUAUGUAAGCAUUUUCCCCGCUGGAUGGCUAUGA